AUGUUGAUGUACACCGACCCCGUCACGAACGAGAAGUUAUUCUUGCGAGCGCGUGUGGAUGCUCCUCAUGAUGUGCGCCCCCGCAAUAAGAUCCUGGGCUCGCUGUGGCAGUCCACGAUUACCUUCAUGAAAGGCAAUGGCACAUGGACUGACAAGAUGAAACUCGAAUCCAACGGGUUUCGCGGCAUUCUCUUCCUCAUCGACGGCGAAGCUGUGCAAGACCUGUACGUUGUCAGCGAGGACGCCUCGGAUAACGUUGCCACCGUCCCCGCCCUGGCAGCGCUCGAGAAGGUCGGGUUCACCGAGGCCGACGUGACGACCGCCACGGACAUUACCAGGCCCAUCAAGCGCUAG